AUGUCCACAAGAGGCAACUAUUGCCGGCCAGACACGGCUGCAGUCCCCGUCGGUGGCACCACCCUUGCGGCACGUAACGGCCGGAGUCGCCGCACCCGCUGCGCCGCCGUCUGUGCGCCGGGCAUUCUGCGGCUCAUGCCCUGCGCCGCCGCCUGUGCGCUGCCCGAUCCGGCAGCAGGAAUGGGCGAUCUCGGCCGGAAUGGCGCCGGAAUGGCCGGCCAGCCUUUUGCGCGCAUCGCGCCCUGCGUCUCGUUUCGCCUGCCCCUCGCGCCGGAGAUAGCGGACGCGGUAACGCCGGGUGGGCCGGUCGGCCGGAUACGGGCGCGGGAAUGGCCGCCCGCACGGCACAUUGAAUCCGCGGCCGCAGCGGCCUUAAGGCCGCUGCUGCGGUGUUGCCGUCGUGGCCACGGAGUGUUCUGUGCGCCGGGCCUGCACAUAGCGGUAUGCCAUUCCGCGCCGGCAGAGGUUGCGUGCUGCUACGCAAAUGAUGCUGCAAUUGCAGUUGUACAGCUGUGCCAGAUAUCGAGUAUCCAAUGUUGA